UGUGAGACUCCAAAUUCAAGGACUGUGGUACCCUUUUUGGCUUGGCAAAGACGAAAACCCAAUUAUUCUCCGAUCUCCUCACAUAUCGAACGACGACGUAUCAAUGGCGACGGCGGCGAUUAUCGCUCGGCAGGCCGAUGAAGCGAAGCGCCAACACCAACAGGGCGCUGCUUCCGGCGGCGGUGAAGGGCUCCGCCAGUAUUAUCAGCAGACUAUACAGGAUUUGCAGCUGUUGUCCCGUCAGAAACAUCACGAUCUCCAGCGUCUCGAAGCUCAGCGCAAUGACCUUAAUGCUCGAGUGCGAUCAUUAAAGGAAGAGUUGCAGCUUCUCCAGGAGCCUGGAUCAUAUGUGGGCGAAGUUGUCAAAGUUAUGGGAAAAUCAAAGGUCCUCGUUAAGGUUCAUCCUGAGGGCAAGUAUGUAGUUGACAUUGACAAGAGCAUUGAUAUCACUAAGAUUACCCCUUCAACAAGGGUUGCUCUACGUAAUGAUAGUUAUGUGCUCCACUUGGUCCUGCCUAGUAAAGUUGAUCCGUUGGUGAAUCUCAUGAAAGUUGAAAAAGUUCCAGACUCCACUUAUGACAUGAUUGGUGGUCUUGACCAGCAAAUUAAAGAGAUAAAAGAGGUGAUUGAGCUUCCAAUCAAGCAUCCAGAAUUGUUUGAGAGUCUAGGAAUAGCCCAACCAAAGGGAGUGUUGCUAUAUGGACCUCCUGGAACUGGUAAGACACUGCUCGCAAGGGCAGUGGCUCACCAUACUGACUGCACUUUCAUCAGAGUUUCGGGCUCUGAGCUAGUUCAAAAGUACAUUGGAGAAGGCUCUAGGAUGGUUAGAGAACUCUUUGUCAUGGCCAGAGAGCAUGCUCCAUCCAUCAUCUUCAUGGAUGAAAUUGAUAGCAUUGGAUCUGCUCGUAUGGAAUCUGGAAGUGGAAAUGGGGAUAGUGAGGUUCAGCGAACUAUGCUGGAGCUUCUUAAUCAACUUGAUGGCUUUGAAGCCUCUAACAAGAUAAAAGUAUUGAUGGCUACCAACAGAAUUGACAUUCUGGACCAAGCUCUUCUUAGGCCUGGAAGAAUUGAUAGGAAGAUUGAGUUCCCAAAUCCUAAUGAAGAGUCUCGGUGGGAUAUCUUGAAGAUUCAUUCAAGGAAAAUGAAUUUAAUGCGAGGGAUUGAUCUAAAGAAGAUUGCUGAGAAGAUGAAUGGAGCAUCUGGUGCAGAACUCAAGGCUGUUUGCACUGAAGCCGGAAUGUUUGCUCUGAGAGAGAGAAGGGUUCAUGUCACUCAGGAGGACUUUGAGAUGGCAGUUGCCAAGGUCAUGAAGAAGGAAACCGAGAAAAACAUGUCUUUGAGGAAGCUCUGGAAGUAAAUGAAUGAUAGAAUGGCAUUACCGUUGGUCUGGGUCAUGAGGGUCCUUAGACGACUUACCAAAUUUAUAAUCAGCCAGGCAGACUCAGUUCAAUUUGAUUACUCGUAGUUCAUAUGAUUUGAUGUAUUUGCACCACUUGUUAUAAUUCAGCUUUUGUGCAUUCCUUUUCUGCUUGUUGCUCUUGAUUGGUAUGGACUAUGGAUCUUGCUGAAUACAGGGCGGAGAUAUUGUUCGUA